AUGACGCGCGCCGACGUUCUGAGUGCGGGCGCUGAGCCUCUGCCAACUCGCCCAGUGUGCGCCUCCGCCGUCGGCGAAUCUGCAGCGCUCGAAGAGGACGCCGCCCUGGCGGCAACUGCCGCAGGCAAGUCGGCGCAAACCCGGCACGUCCCCGGGCUCGAGAGCGUGCUUUCUGAAGUGCUUUUGCACCCAGACGCUUUGAAGGCUGUCCAGGCUGCGCAGAAGGAGGACUCAGAAGAUGCGUGUGCGUUCGGCUCGCCCGCGCUUCCCGCGUACCACGCCCGUCUCGUGGCGGCUGCUGGCUUGAACGGGCGGUCACACCCGGUGUCCCGCGGUCUUCCGUCCGCCACUGAUGACCUCCGUGUCGCCCGGCGACUGGCGAAGGCGGAGGAUCACGAGUCGGCGCCGCAGAAGGCGAAGGGCGCCGGCGCCGAGGGGCGCUGCGAGCGCGGAGGCAUCGGAGGCAAGCGAUACCGCUCGCCGCCGGUGUCUUCCAACAGCUCGCCGACGUUUCUGCGUGGGGACUACCUGCCCGCGCAGGCCGCCCCGGAGGCUGAGGCGCUCUCGCGGAGCGCGAAGCGCGCCAAGUCCCAGCGGUGGGCGUGGGACGACGACCCCGCGUUUCGCAUCCAGGACCCCGCGACGUGGUCAAAAGAGUCGAUCGCCAAGUACAUCGACGACUUGGUUCUCCACGGCCCGCCCCAGUGCGACUUUACGCACUUUGUUCCGCCCCUGACCAACAAGCGGCGGUUUUCGCUUCGCGAGCUCUGUGUGGGCAUCGAGGAGCGCCGCCAAGACCGCAAGUGGAUGCUCUACUCGACUAGCGCAGACGCAGUCUUCUGCUUCCCGUGUCUGCUUUUCUCGCCAAGAGUGUCAAAGUUCGUCAGUGAAGGGUUCUGCCUCUGGCGCAACCAAGGCAAGCGCUACCGCGAGCACGAAACCUCUUCUGAGCAUCGGGCAGCGGUCAUGAAACUCGACAUCCGACGCAAGGCCAUCACCGAUAGCUGCAUCGUGCUGUCUCUGCUGCAGAAAGUGGGGCGCGCUGGGCUCUUGCCUCUCGAUGACGGAACGCCGGUCCCCGCGUGA